AUGAGUGAGUUCUUGGCACAAUGCGAGGAAGUGUUCGGAGAGAAAGACCUGUAUAAGGUCCUCGGAGUGCGAAAGACCGUCAAGGACGCCGACAUCCGCAAAGCAUACUACAAAGUGUCCCUGAAGGUCCAUCCGGACAAGGCCACCCCCAAGGACCGUGAAGACGCCACCAAGCGCUUUCAGAUCCUCGGGCGAGUGUACUCGGUCCUCGGCGACCCGGAGAAGCGUAAGAUCUACGACGAAACUGGCACCGUCUUGGACGACGAGGACAUCGUCAUGGACCAACGGGACUGGACGGCCUACUGGAGGAGUCUGUUCGGCCGAGUGACCUUGCAGGACGUCGAGAACUACGAGAAGGGCUACGUGGCCUCGGAAGAGGAACGCAAGGACCUCCUGGAACUUUACCGCAAGCAUAAGGGGAAUUUGGACCGAGUGUUUUCAGACCUGUGGUUCUACAAGACUGAAGACGAGGAUCGCUACCGGCAGAUCCUGCAGGACGCCAUCGCCGUCGAGGAAGUCCCGGCCUUCGAUGCCUUCGUCCGGGAACCCGAGUCGAAGCGAGCCAAGCGGCAGAAGAAGGGGGCGAAGGAAGCCCAGGAAGCCAAAGAGAUGCUGACCAGUCUGGGCGGUCCCUCGUCGUCAUUGCACGAGGCCAUCGCACAGCGGCAGACCCAGCGGGAAAAGCAGCAGGAUGCUCUCAUCCAGCACCUCAUGGACAAAUACGUCAAAGAUGCUCCAAAAAAAAAGGGCGCAAAACGCGCUGGCGCUGAAACGUCUCCAAAGGGAUUGACGGAUUCAGACGACUCUGAAGAACCCCCCAAGCGCCGGAAAGGCCAUCCCCCUGAAAAAUCCCCCAAUCCCCGGAAAGGUCGGAAAUCUCCGAAGACAUCCAAGCGUCAGACCAAUCCUGCCGUGGCUCCUGGUAAAUCCAAGCGAGGCAAGAAACGUUGA